AUGCCGCCAGAGCCCAAGGCUGGCACCAAGAAAACGCGCGACAUUUCAGCAUACAGGCCCAUGUCCGAGUCGCAAUGGCUCGUUCGCUUCGUCUUCCUGGAAACCGUUGCCGGCAUCCCCGGCGCUGUAGCCGGUAGUCUCCGGCACCUGCACUCGAUCCGCCGCUUCAAGCUCGACCAGGGCUGGAUCAAGACGCUGCUCGAGGAGUCGUACAACGAGCGCAUGCACCUGCUGACGUUUCUCGACAUGUACCGACCGGGCCGCCUGAUGCGGCUCGCCGUCUUUGCGGCCCAGGGCAUCUUGUACAACGCCAUGUUCGUCGGCUAUCUGCUCUCUCCGGGCUUCUGCCACAGGCUGGUCGGGUAUCUAGAGGACGAGGCCGUGGCGACGUACACGAAGUGUCUCGAGGAGAUGGAGAGGGGCCGGUUGCCGCUUUGGACGGAUCCGGGGUUCAGGAUCCCGGACAUCGCUGUCAAGUAUUGGAACAUGCCCGAGGGUAAACGGACUAUGAGAGAUUUGAUCCUGUACAUCCGGGCGGACGAAGCAUCGCACCGAGGCGUCAAUCACACUUUUGGAAACCUCGACCAAGCCUCGGAUCCCAAUCCCUUCAUUGACGGGCAUCAUUCCACUGUCAACCACAUGCAUGUGGCAGCCAUCAAGCCUGCGGGACUGGAGCGGGAGGAGGUGCUUGAGCGCGGCGUGGGACACUGAUGAAUUUGAUGAUCUGAGAAUACACAUGCUGGGUUGAUCCACGGAUGUGCAGCCGCCUUUUAACUCUUGUACCGCAAGCGUUCCGAACCGGGUGGCAGGCCGGGCCGGGCCACCCGUGUUGAUUGGCAAAAAAGCUGCCACUAGUAUGAGUCCGUCGAUUGCGGGCGGAUGCACGAUCUGUGGAUGCGCCAGACUGCAUGUGCCUUAUGUACAGGUAUGGAGUAUGUAAAUCCGUCCAUUGUCGUCUCGGGCGAAUCGUCAGUCGAGAGGAAAGUUGCUUUGGCGCCAAGCGAAACCGCGAGCUCGGCAGAAGUGGAUGAGGCGUGGCUUGUC